CGGCUUCGUCACCUUCCAUUUCCCAUUUGAAGCUCUGCUCGUCUGUAGCUUGAUUACAGUGACUGCGUCUUCAACCUCUCCCCCGGCGCUCGAAACCGGCAACAUUCUUCUACUUUUACCAUUAUCGCGGCGGAAUCUGAUACUUGACCCAAUUUGAUGCGGUGGUUUCGAGGAGCAUUGCUGUUUUGAGGACUAGCAUUGGCGCUAUCCAUCCGUAAUGACGGCGAAGGUGCACGACCAGGACAUGGACCAGGACUUCGCCGAGAUUGACAUGAUUUUGGAACAAGCGCAGCUGGAGCUUCACAAGGACCGUUGCCGAAAUCGCAAACUUCGGCGGAACAUGAACCUGUCGGUCAUUCCCGAGAAUUUUGCUCACGUGCCCUCGAAUGAGGCCACCCUGCCCCCAGCGUCGCUAGACGUGUUGCAGCCAGAUUUUGGAAUCAGAGAAGGGCACAAGCGCCCUAACCAUAGGCUACAAGUACUGAGCUGCAUUGCGCCCAUGAGGUGGCUCAGAGCAUACAUGAGCUGCGUAAUGGCGGCGCACGACGGCAACUACGACGUGAGGAGAGCGGUGAAGGGUUGCAGCAUGAUGAGCGGGCCCGAUUUUGCCUUCUCCCCUGCUCGUCCUCCACAACACCAAGUUGGUUAUGGCGACUGAUGAGUGUCCACAGCGAUGCGAUCACUUUUUUUUUGAUUGACAAAUCCCAAUUCAGUCAUCACUGACAAAGACAUAUGCGAAUCCUAGCUUUCAGUUCAGUAUUUCAAGUUGUAGCAAUUCUGGUUGCGACAUUCUGUACAAGGGCCCGCGAAUUCAUGGACCGUUGUAAAUAAUUCGAAAACUUCCUCACAACAAUAUUCUUUAGGGUA